AUGAAAUUCACGACCUUUGCCACUGCUGCAGGAUCCGUCAUUUUCUUCGCUCUCGCUGCCCAAGCACAAGAUUCAUCCUCUGCUGCUGAGACUGCCAGUGUUACCGAAACUGUCACUGAUACCAGCACAACCACGAGCACUGACAUUGGUGUCCCAAGCGACAUCUCCAGCGCCCUUUCCGACGCUUCCUCCGUCCUCAACUCGGCAACUUCAGUCAUCAGAAGUGCCACUUCCGUUGUAGGGAGUGCCACAUCCCGCGCGUCUUCCCUUAUCAAUUCAUCUGUAAAACCCACCGGCACUUCCUCUACCGCUUCGCCUAAUCGCACCAACGGAGCUUCUGGCAUUAGGACCGAGGGUCUGGCAUUUGGAUUGGGUGCUGGUAUCGUUGUCGCUGCUCUUUUGUAA